AUGGAUCCGAACCAGAAGCUCCUCCUGGAUGAAAUCGACAAGCGCAUCGCCGCCCGCUUCGACGGUCUUGAGCGCCGGCUCGACGCCUCCGCCGAUUCCUCCUCAUCCAGACUUGAUGCCUUGGAAAGCGCUGCCCGCUCGUUCGAUGAGUGGCGCCCCGGCGUCGAUGGCUUCAUCGACGACCUGCGCGUGGAGGUCAAGCGCCUCUCCUCCCUGAAGCUUGAGGUCGGGAAGAUCUCCAAGUACAUGGAGCACUCCAUGGUGGAUGGGCCAUCUCCGACUCCGGGUGUGCACGGGUCCGUUCCUGACGUGCUCGUCCCCAAGCCCCUGUCAGCUCUGCCGUCGCCAGUGGCUCCGCUCCCCACCGUCAAGUCCUCCCCGCGCACUCCGAUGACCAGGUCCCCUGCGCCGUCACCAACACACAAGACGGCCACACAUGGGGAAUUCGAGGCUGCCCCGCGCACAUCUGCGGGAACAUCAGCCAACAGGCCCGAUGGGCACCGCUUCGAUUUUGGGACCCGGGACGGUGCUUUCGGAGUGCCCACCACUCUGAUUCCACCGCCCGGCAAGGGUACGUUUCCUGGCCGACCUCCUUCCAUGUUUCCUCUCCCGUGUCCUCCGCCUCGCCCACCACAUCCACACCCACAGCACCAUUACGAGGCCGGUCAUCAGGGGGAUUCUAGAGGGGAUCACAUAGGGAAAUUGCCUAAGUUUGAUUUUCCUAAAUUCGACGGUGACCACCCAAAACUGUGGAUUAAGCAGGCUGUUCAUUACUUCAAACUCUACCGUGUCGAGUCCACUGUGUGGCUAUCUGCUGCCACUAUGCAUUUCCAGGGACCAGCCAAGCGCUGGCUCUCUUCAGUGGAGGAAGAGCUUGAAAAUCAGGGGUGGGAUGAGUUCUGUGCACAAUUGUUGUCACGCUUUGCACGCGACGAACACGAACUCCUUCUCCGUCGUUUGUUCCAAAUCCGCAACCGUCUGCUUACGACUGUUCUUAUGGUUCACAAGCCAGCUACUCUGGAUACUGCUUGCGUGUUGGCUGAAUUGCAGGAGGAAGCGUUGGGGCUCACCAAACGACCAUACCGACACUUCGAUCAAGCCAGCAACGCCAAGCCGGGGUGGGGGCCUCCCUUGGCCUUGCCGCCACCGCCUCCACAAGCUCCUGGUGCGGUCAGGCGCCCCGUGAAUGUCGCCGCAAUGACGAUUGAUGACAAGAUGCAAGCCCUUCGUGCUGCUCGUCGCGCUCAGGGGCUCUGUUAUCGCUGCGGCGCCAAGUGGAGCCGGGAUCAUCGAUGCUCUGAGACGGUACAGCUUCACCUCGUUCAGGAACUUUGGGAUAUUCUGCCAAUCUCUGAUGAUGCAGAUGAGGAGGGCCCGGCGUCCCCGACGACGUCCCAUAUCAUGAUGCACCUAUCGGUGUCAGCAAUGGUAGGCUCAACUGCACCGGGCACUCUAUGUUUGUCGGGAUCUAUUCAGGGCAUAGCUAUCUCCAUCUUGGUCGACUCUGGCAGCUCACACUCAUUUCUGAAUGCGUCCCUCGCUCAGUCGUUGGUGGGUGUUCAAAAUCUGGCUCAACCUAUCAGUGUUCAGGCGCUUUCAGCCCUAUGCACGCGCUCACAUGGUCUCAUCAAUGGAUGGCCAUACCUUAUCGUGGCUCUAUGCAGCUUUUUACUAGGCAAGUCUGCGUCGCCCAUCGAGUUCGAUCAUUCGCUUAUGUUUGGUGCGCGAGAUUCAAUGAACCCUCAUUUAGCUACUGCUCAUUUGCUAGUUGCGAUUCGGAUUUACUCUCGUAGUUUGCACGAGUUGUUUGAGCCGGUUUCCGGUCUACCACCACGCUUGUGGAUCAUGACCACGCUAUUCCGUUGA